UUAUUAUUAUUUAGUAAUUUACAUUAAACUACUUAAACUUUUUAAAAACGUAAUUUUCUUUUUAUAUCAUUGAAUUAUCUAUAUUGAUUUUGUAUCCGAAAAGCUUUAGUUUUUGUUUACGUUAUAAUGAAUUCCACUAUACUUUUAUGUUUUGUAUUAGUUUUAGGUUUUUCAUUCUUGCAUAAAGUUAGUGGAAUCCAAUGCUACCAGUGUUCUACAAGUAGCGACCCAAAAGGAUCUGAUAAUUGUGGUGCAUACGAAAAAUUCCACAAGGAUCGUCAUGUCUCUGUAGAAUGUACCAGUGAUGAAUCUCAUACACCAGGCACAUUUUGUGUUAAAGUAACUAAACAAGGUCUCCGAGGAUUUAUAUGGGAUGGUCGUUGGAGAAAUGUGAUCCGCCGUUGUGGAUCGGUUUCAGAUACUGGUGUAACUGGUGUUUGCAACUGGGGAGUUGAAUGGAAUGGAGUAUAUUGGGAAGAAUGUUAUUGUUCAGAAGACAACUGUAAUUCGUCCACCAAUAUUACUCCAUUAUCYGUCAUAACAACCACACUGUGUUCAUUAAUUACUAUGUUCAUAUUGAGAAAUUGAUUUAUACCUAUUUUUAAUCUCGUAACGAAGUCCGUCCAAACUUUAUAGUGUUGAUCACUGCAUUUUUUUUACACAUUUUAUAAUUCACUAUUUAUUAUUUUUAAAAUAUAAACCGUUAUAUUUUAUGAACAA